CCGAAUCCAUUCGCGCUAAUCAGGAACGCACUUUUGCUGCUUCCGUAGAAGCUCGAAAGUUCAAAUCGUGUACUCCGUUCUUCGUAGCUGACGGCGAAACGUAAUUUUUUUCUUAAUGUAAUAAUAAAAAGUGUCCUAGUUCGCAGAACAAAUGAUAUAUUAUUAUAUUGUACACUGUACAGCGUCCUAACCGAAUUACGCUCAUUUAAUUAUAAUAAUAACACUAAGGUUCCAGUGACAUAAUUAAAUUUGUCAUCACCAUAAGGGGUAUGGAAGAGAAGGCAAUACUUGACAUUUCAGACCUGCGUUGCACAGAGACGGAUCCCGGGGAUACCACUACAGUGCUGGACGGUCUUUUGGGAGCUGGACCGCACUACGAUUACGGCGAUGUGACCGGCUGCAACAGUCCUACGGAUCGAUGUGACGACAACGACCAAUCAUCUGGAUCUCUGAGCACUGACCAAAAUUCCAAUAACAACAUCAAGAGGAAACAACGGAGAUACAGAACGACGUUUACGAAUUUCCAACUAGAAGAAUUAGAAAAUUCAUUUCAGAAAACACAUUACCCUGAUGUGUUUUUUCGCGAAGAACUGGCAAUGCGAAUCGAUUUGACUGAAGCUAGGGUGCAGGUAUGGUUUCAAAAUCGUAGAGCCAAAUGGCGAAAGCAAGAAAAAACUUUGGUUUCCCAGCAUCAGAACCAAAAUGAACCAAUUAUAAGCCCUUGUUUAACAGAUAAUCCAAUAUUCGGAAACUCUUCUAGCCUUCUUCCUCAGCCAGAUUGGAACAGUCUAUGCUCUUAUAAUUCAUUUCAACCAUCAUCGACGUUCGAUAAGGAUCUACAAGCAAUUGACAUCGACAAUGAUUUACUUCGAUUCAAAACAAGAGAAUUACAUGAAAACGAUAUGCUCAUGUCGCCACCUUCAUAGACAUUUAUUAAUCAUUUGUUAAGUAAAUUGUUAAUUAAAUAAACUAUAUACCAUCAUGUUAAAA